AUGCCGCCUAGUGAGCUCGGCGGCAACGAUCUGACAUUUUUCUUCUCGCUGAACUCUAGACCAGUCUCAGCCUCGGCCUCGACGGAUGAAGACAAUGUCGCGUUCUGUCUCCCCCCGGUCUCCGUCAGCCAUUCAUCAUCGUCGCCCACGGCCUCGCUCCGCACACCAGCUACCACCGCAACUACCGAGGGGCUUGACAGCAGGACUACAAAGCGCAAAACACAGAACCGCACAGCCCAACGACGCUUCCGCGAGCGGCGCGAGCAAGAGCGCACGCAGCUGCUAGCCCUGCUACAGAAGCUGAAAGCCGAGAACACGCAAAUCAGCGCGGUGCUGGGGCAGACGCGCGAGCGGAAGGUGGAGCUGGAGGCACGCGCAGCAGCUGGCAACUGA